AUGCCGGAUCGAAAGACUUCGAACAAUUCUCAGGAGAAGAGAUUGUCACAGAAGGAUAAAGAUAGUAAGAGAUCGUCGAAUUGUAGUUUGAACAGCAGAAAUAACAAUUAUACGAAUUUGUCGGGCAGUAAUCUGAGUCUGAGCUCUAUAAUGUCCUCCGAUGUGGACAUCAAACGAUCGAAUUCUGUAUUCGACGAGUUGAUGACCUCGUUGGAGGACGAGAACUCAUCACGAUUGCCCCUAACAGCUAUACUUUACAAACCUCCCUCUUCGUUGUUUAAUAAAUUACUGCCACGACUUCUUGUAAGGAAUAACGAUUAUUGGAAUAUUGAUUUCGAGGUAGUUGAAUUUUUAAAUUGCACCCUUUUGCAGCAAUUUAUUUCACAAUCUGAAUGUAUCAAGUGGAACAGAUGUCGAAGCUUUCAUGUAAACGUCAGUCCAGGUGAAAAGGCUAAAUGUGGAACAGAGAAUAGUGAUAAUAAUUAUCCCUUAAUAGAUCACUGUUACGAUGUCGUGAUCGUAGGCGCGGGUGGUGCAGGAUUGAGAGCAGCCUUUGGUUUGGGAAGUAAAGGAUACCGAGUGGCAGUGAUUACAAAAUUAUUCCCAACAAGAUCUCACACUGUAGCCGCCCAAGGUGGAAUAAAUGCCGCCAUUGACAGUGGAACAGAUGAUAAUUGGCUUUAUCACAUGUACGAUACUGUUAAAGGAUCUGACUGGUUAGGAGAUCAGGAUGCGAUACAUUUUCUAACAAGGGAGGCAUCUCGAGCGGUCUACGAACUCGAGAACUUUGGUUGUCCUUUCAGCCGUACAGAGGACGGAAAGAUCUAUCAGCGUGCAUUCGGUGGCCAGUCGUUAAAAUUUGGAAAAGGCGGUCAAGCUCACAGAACUUGUGCUGUUGCGGAUAGAACCGGUCACGCAAUACUGCACACCUUAUAUGGACAGAGCCUACGUUACGAAGUGCAUUAUUACGUCGAGUACUUUGCCCUUGAUCUUCUUAUGCUUGGACGGUGUUGCAAGGGCAUCUUAGCAUGGGAACUAGAAACCGGACUUUUGCAUCGCUUCAGGGCUCACCAUACGGUGAUAGCUACGGGAGGAGCAGGAAGAUGUUACCUGUCCUGUACAGCGGCUCAUGCAUGCACAGGAGAUGGUAUGGCGAUGGUCUCCAGAGCAGGAUUGCCCCUUGAAGAUAUGGAGUUCAUCCAGUUUCAUCCAACCGGAAUAUACGGCAGCGGUAUUUUGAUAACAGAAGGCAGCCGUGGGGAAGGUGGGAAGCUGAUGAAUUCACAAGGAGAGUUCUUCAUGGAGCGAUACGCGCCGAACGCCAAGGAUCUAGCGUCUCGUGACGUAGUAUCCAGAGCCAUAACCAUGGAAAUAUUCGAAGGAAGAGGCGUGGGUCCCAAGAAAGAUCACGCGUUCCUGCAACUUCAUCAUCUACCAGUCGAAACGAUACGCACACGACUGCCAGGAAUUUCUCAUCUGUCCUGGGUGUUCGCCGGCGUGGACGUGGAGAAAGAACCGAUUCCUGUCAUUCCCACGGUGCACUACAACAUGGGUGGAAUACCUACGAACUGGCGAGCACAGGUUCUGACACGAGAGAAGGAGGAAGACUCGGUGAUAGAAGGUCUAUGGGCGGCUGGAGAAACCGCAUGCGUGUCGGUUCACGGCGCCAAUCGUUUAGGCGCCAACAGCCUUCUGGAGUUGGUCGUUUUCGGCAAAGCGAUCGCCGAUCAGAUCGAAUGUAUGACCAGACCCGGUGAACGCCACGACGAUUUAUCAUCCGCUGUUGGCGAGGAAUCUAUUUGCCGUUUCGACGCGACUCGUUACGCAAAAGGUUGCAUUCCUAUCGCCGAGCUGCGGGAAGAGAUGCAACAAACUAUGCAUAAAUAUUGCUCGGUGUUUCGUACCUGCGACAUACUGCAACGAGGAUGUCGCGAGAUGACGCGACUUUAUACCUGCGAUUUGCCGGAUAUAUGUGUACAAGAUCAGUCUCUCAUAUGGAACACAGAACUGGUAGAAGCCAUAGAAUUACAAAACAUGAUGCUGGUUAGCAUGCACAUCGUUUACGCAGCGGAGAACAGGAAAGAGUCUCGAGGAUCGCACGCCCGAGACGAUUACAAGGAACGAGUCGACGAGUACGAUUACUCGAAACCGAUCGAAUGUCAGAAGAAACGACCGUACAAGGAACACUGGCGCAAACAUACUCUCACAUGGGCACGAAAAGACGGAUCGAUCAGCAUUUCUUAUCGCCCCGUCAUCGACACUACAUUGGACGAAGAAGAGGCUCAACACGUUCCUCCAUCAGUUCGAGCCUACUGA